GAGGAGAGAAGAGGACAUUUCCAAUAUCGAAGGCACGACUUUGCUCGCCAGCACACCACUUCACUACGCCCGUAUGACCUCUUCUCCACCGGCUGCGGCGCCGCCGCCGCCGCCAUCCUCCGACGAGGAGUUCUUCUCUACCGCCUCCACGUCCACUUCCUCCGAUUCAAAGACAACGUCUCCAUCCGCUACCCCCAGGCCUUCCUCCCCGCUUCCGCCGAUCGCCAUCACAUGGCCUGACGGAGGGGCCCUCACCCUUGCUUGGGUCACCAAUCUGAUGCAGGCCUUCGACUGGGCUUCAAAAGCGCUAUCUCCAUCGGAAUUUCCCUCCGUGCUCCCUGUUCCAGUCUUCGACAAACUUGCGCUCACCGCAUCGAAGAUUUUGCAUAAAGAGCCCAAUUGCGUGACAAUUGAUGGGGACUCCGGAUUGGGUUCGAGUUCGAGGGUUGUAGUGGUUGGAGACGUGCACGGUCAGCUGCAUGAUGUAUUGUUCUUGUUGAGAGAGGCAGGGUAUCCAGGCGAUGAUCGGUUUUUCGUGUUUAAUGGGGAUUAUGUGGAUCGAGGUGCUUGGGGGCUUGAGGUUUUUCUGAUAUUACUGGCUUGGAAGGUUCUAAUGCCUCAGAGAGUAUAUUUACUUCGUGGAAACCAUGAGUCGAAGUAUUGCACUUCUGUUUACGGAUUUGAGAAAGAAGUAUUAUCUAAAUAUGGAGACAAUGGAAAGCAUGUCUACAGAAAGUGUUUAGGCUGUUUCGAAGGACUUCCGCUUGCUUCCCUCAUAGCUGGGCACGUUUACACUGCACAUGGAGGGCUUUUCCGCAGCACAGCUGUCACUCCAUCUAAAAGGUCUAAGAAGAAGAAUCGGAAGGUUAUUCACAACCCUGAUGUGAAGACACUAACUCUUGGUUCCUUUGAAGAGUUGGGAAAAGCUAGACGAACUGUCCUCGAUCCUCCCUGGGAAGGUCCAAACUUGAUUCCUGGUGACGUUUUGUGGUCGGAUCCAUCAAUGAACCCUGGUCUUUCUCCAAACACCGAGAGAGGUAUUGGUCUCUUGUGGGGUCCAGAUUGCACUGCAGAAUUUCUAAAUAAGUACAAUUUAAAGUUGAUUAUCAGGUCACAUGAGGGUCCUGAUGCCAGGGGAAAACGACCAGGCCUUGGAGGAAUGGAUUUAGGGUAUACUAUAGAUCAUGUUGUAGAAUCUGGAAAGCUUAUAACAUUAUUCAGUGCCCCUGAUUAUCCACAGUUUCAGGCAACAGAAGAGAGGUACCGAAACAAAGGAGCAUAUAUUAUUUUGGAGCCACCAAACUUCGACACACCUAUUUUCCAUACCUUUGAAGCGGUUACCCCAAGACCGAAGGUAAACCCUUAUUACGAUUUUGAGGAUGUCAUCGAUUCUGAUGAAGAGUUGGACAUGGUAUCGAUGGUGCCGGAGUCUGGAGCAGAGCAACCUGCUGCUUGAAAAGGCAGAGGCACCGGCAUUGUCGCUACCAUACAAAUGAAGUUUUGUGAAUGAGCUUAUCUCGGUUUUGCUUUUGUGUGUAUUUGGUGUGUAUUGUCGAGAGAGGGUGUUGCUAUGUUACUAUCUCAGCCCCUUUUUUCGAGUGUAGAUUCAACCGCCUACCUAUGCUUUGAGAAUGCUGUGGCCAGGGGAAGAUUUACUUGCUCUUGAGCUAUAUAUAUAUAUAUAUAUAUACAUUUUGAGUAAUUUGGGACUGGUUUGUACAUGAGUUUGCCAUGUUUCUGAUUUGGAGAUAUGUGAGGUAUCAUAUUUACUUGAAGUUUAUUCUUCGGUCUUUUGGAGCUUUAAUUUAUUAUUAAUAUUAUUUAUUUACUUGAGAAGUUUAUAUUUGGAAUGAAACUUUGGGGUGUGCUUGGUUUGCAUAUAAUAAUUUGA